AAAAAUAUCUCUCUCCCUCUCUCUCUCUCUCUCUCUCUUUUUCUCAUCUCUUCCUCCAUGGUUGGAAACUGAAAGAGGAGGAGUAGUAGGAGGAGGAGAAAGUGUGUCAGAAAUCGAGAAAAGCUCAGAGCUUUGUGUACUUUCUCCUUGGGUACACUGUAAAGUUGCCAGCUUUCUGACUAGGAGAGUCUCGGAUCUGGGGGCCAACUGAAGUGAGUGGAACUUUCUUCAAAUGGCAGCCGCAGCUUUAGCCGGAGAUGACAUCGUCCGGCAGACGAGUAGCCGGCGGAGCUGGAGGUCGGGCAGCGUGAGGGACGUGUGGAACGCACCCGAUGUAUUUCAAAGGAGCAGCCGAGGGCAGGUCAGUGGCCGGGAGGAUGAUGAGGAGGAGCUCCAGUGGGCGGCCAUCGAGCGGCUGCCCACCUACGACCGCAUGAGGAAGGGGGUCCUAACACAAGCGAGGAGCCACGGGCGGAUUAUGCACAGUGAAGUUGACGUGACCAGGCUUGGGGCUCAGGAGAAGAAGGUCCUGAUGGAGAGCAUCCUCAAGGUCGUUGAGGAGGACAAUGAGAAGUUCCUAAGGCGGCUGAGGGACAGGACCGAUCGGGUUGGAAUUGAGAUCCCGAAGAUCGAGGUCCGGUUCCAGAACCUGUCUAUUGAGGGGGAUGCUUAUGUUGGUACCAGAGCUCUUCCCACUCUCCUCAACUCCGCCUUGAACGCGAUUGAGGGAGGUCUUAGCAUGGUAGGUCUCGCCCCAUCGAAGAAAAGGGUUGUGAAGAUACUUCAAGAUGUCAGUGGCAUCAUCAGACCCUCAAGGAUGACUCUGCUGCUUGGACCGCCUGGUUCUGGUAAAACAACUCUACUGAAGGCACUUGCAGGAAAAUCCGAUGAUGAUCUGAGGGUAACCGGCAAGAUCACCUUCUGUGGGCACGAAUUUAACGAGUUUGUUCCACAGAGAACUUGUGCUUACAUCAGUCAAUAUGACCUUCACACUGGUGAGAUGACCGUCCGCGAGACCUUAGACUUCUCCGGCCGUUGCCUUGGAGUUGGGUCCCGUUAUGAGAUGUUGGCUGAGCUCUCGAGGCGAGAGAGAGAGGCUGGGAUAAAGCCCGAUCCAGAGAUUGAUGCUUUCAUGAAGGCCACUGCGAUGAUCGGACAGGAAACGAACUUAGGCACUGAUUAUGUCCUCAAGCUUCUUGGCUUAGAUAUUUGUGCGGAUGUUAUGGUAGGAGACGACAUGAGAAGAGGUAUCUCCGGUGGACAGAAGAAGCGUGUCACUACAGGGGAGAUGCUGGUGGGGCCUGCGAAGGCCUUUUUCAUGGACGAGAUAUCUACUGGGCUCGACAGUUCGACGACAUUCCAGAUUAUCAAGUUCAUGAGGCAGAUGGUCCACAUCAUGGACAUAACCAUGGCGAUCUCCCUCCUGCAGCCUGCCCCGGAGACAUACAAUCUCUUUGACGAUAUCAUUCUCCUUUCUGAGGGUCGCAUCGUCUACCAGGGGCCUCGGGAGAACGUCCUCCAGUUCUUUGAGCACAUGGGCUUCAAGUGCCCAGAAAGAAAAGGAGUCGCUGACUUUCUCCAGGAAGUGACAUCCAAGAAGGACCAGGAGCAGUACUGGUGCCGGAAGAACCAACCAUACCAGUACGUAUCUGCAGUUGAGUUCUCGCAGGCUUUCAACUCGUUUCAUGUCGGGCAACAGCUCCUAGAGGAGUUACGGAUCCCCUAUGACAAGUCGCUGGCCCACCCCGCAGCCCUGGUGAAGGACAAGUAUGGGAUCUCCAACUGGGAGCUCUUCAAAGCCUGUUUUGCCCGAGAGUGGCUCCUCAUGAAACGGAGCACACCUGUGUACAUCUUCAAGACCUUCCAGAUCACGGUCAUGGCCAUUAUUGCACUUACCGUGUUCUUAAGGACGGAGAUGAAUGCAGGCAGGAUUGAGGACAAAGCCAAGUUCUGGGGGGCCCUCUUCUUCAGUCUCGUCAAUGUCAUGUUCAACGGGUUAACCGAGCUUGCAAUGACUGUCUUCAGGCUUCCCAUCUUCUUCAAACAGAGGGACUUUCAUUUCUACCCAGCGUGGGCCUUUGGGGUGCCCAUUUGGAUUCUCCGUAUUCCCGUCUCCCUCGUGGAGUCAGGAAUUUGGGUGAUUCUUACUUAUUACACCAUUGGGUUUGCCCCCUCUGCUAGUAGGUUCUUCAAGCAGUUCCUAGCUUUCUUCGGAGUGAAUCAGAUGGCUCUUUCGCUCUUUCGCUUCAUAGCCGGUGUUGGAAGAACGCCGAUUGUUGCGAACACUCUUGGUACCUUCACUCUCCUGUUGGUCUUCAUCCUCGGAGGCUUUAUAGUUGCAAAAGAUGACAUAUUACCGUGGAUGAUUUGGGGUUACUAUAUUUCUCCUAUGAUGUACGGACUUAAUGCCAUCUCCAUCAACGAGUUUCUCGACAAAAGAUGGAGCAAUCCACCUCCUCUCUUUACAGGCCAACCAACAGUAGGGAAGACCCUUCUCGAUGAAAGGGGCCUGUUUACGACUGAAAGCUGGUACUGGAUCAGUGUUGCCGCUCUAUUUGGUUUCUCUGUUCUCUUCACCCUUCUCUUCAUCGCAGUUCUAACUUGGCUGAACCCUCUUGGAGAUAACAAAGCUACAAUGUUGGAGGACGACGAAUCUGAUGAGUCUAACCGCCAAACUCGUUCUCAAGGUAUCAAAAUGCAAGUAAUGAGCUCUGAGACUCAAUCAAGGCGUGGAAUGGUUCUUCCAUUCAAGCCCCUUUCCCUCGCCUUCAAUCACGUGAACUACUACGUUGACAUGCCUGCAGAAAUGAAGACUCAGGGGGUUGAAGAUGCCCGACUCCAGCUCCUAAGGGAUGUCAGUGGAGCUUUCAGGCCAGGGGUUCUGACGGCCCUUGUCGGUGUCAGUGGGGCUGGAAAGACAACAUUGAUGGACGUCUUGGCUGGAAGAAAAACCGGUGGCUAUAUAGAAGGAGAUAUAAGCAUUUCGGGUUACCCUAAGAACCAAGCCACGUUUGCUCGUGUGAGCGGUUACUGUGAGCAGAACGACAUUCACUCACCGCAUGUCACUGUCUACGAGUCACUUCUAUAUUCUGCAUGGCUUCGUCUAGCUAAGGAUGUGAAGACCGAAACACGAAAGAUGUUUGUAGAGGAAGUUAUGGAGUUGGUUGAGCUCAAACCGCUGAGAAAUGCUCUUGUCGGGCUUCCUGGGGUUGAUGGUCUAUCUACUGAGCAGAGGAAGAGGCUUACAAUAGCUGUGGAGUUAGUCGCCAAUCCCUCCAUCAUCUUCAUGGACGAGCCCACGUCAGGGCUGGAUGCUAGGGCUGCUGCUAUUGUCAUGCGUACCGUGAGGAACACCGUGGAUACUGGACGCACGGUCGUGUGCACGAUUCACCAGCCGAGCAUUGACAUUUUCGAGGCCUUCGAUGAGUUGCUUCUAAUGAAAAGAGGAGGACAAGUGAUCUAUGCAGGGCCUCUGGGUCAACAAUCCCACAAGCUCGUCGAAUACUUUGAGGCUAUUCCCGGGGUUCCCAAGAUCGUGGAUGGCUACAAUCCUGCCACAUGGAUGUUGGAUGUCAGCUCCACAGCUGCCGAAACUCAGAUGGAUGUUGAUUUUGCUGACAUUUACGCUAAUUCCAAUCUCUACCGUCAAAAUCAGGAGCUUAUCAAGCAACUGAGCACUCCAGCCCCGGGAUACGAGGACCUGUAUUUUCCGACCCAAUACUCGCAGAGCUUCCUUACUCAAUGCAAGGCUUGCUUCUGGAAGCAGAACUGGUCUUAUUGGAGGAACUCGCAGUACAACGCAAUCCGUUUCCUCAUGACCAUAGUCAUUGGGGUGAUGUUUGGCGUCGUUUUCUGGGACAAAGGGCAGAAACUGGCGACCCAGCAAGAUCUACAGAAUAUGCUCGGUGCUGCCUAUGCUGCAGUUCUCUUCCUGGGAGCCACCAAUGCCUCUGCAGUGCAGACUGUGGUGGCGAUUGAGAGAACGGUCUUUUAUCGUGAACGGGCAGCAGGAAUGUACUCAGAGUUACCUUAUGCCUUUGCUCAGGUGGCAAUUGAGACUAUCUAUGUGGCGAUCCAAACCGCAAUCUACACUCUCAUUUUAUACUCGAUGAUCGGGUUCGAGUGGCAGGCAGAAAAGUUCCUUUACUUCUAUUACUUCAUAUUUAUGUGUUACGCCUACUUCUCCAUGUACGGGAUGAUGGUUGUCGCUCUUACUCCUGGACAUCAAGUCGCUGCCAUUGUCAUGUCGUUCUUCCUCAAUUUCUGGAACUUAUUCUCAGGUUUCCUCAUCCCCCGACCGAUGAUUCCCGUGUGGUGGAGGUGGUACUACUGGGCUUCCCCUGUCGCCUGGACAAUCUACGGCAUCUUUGCAUCUCAGUUCGGUGACUACACCACACCGCUCGUUAUCCCCGGGGAAGAACCGGUUCCGAUUAACGUGUUCCUGAAGGAAUUCUUGGGUUUCGACCAUGACUUCCUCAUUCCCGUGGUUAUUGCCCACGUGGGCUGGGUCCUGCUCUUCUUCUUCGUGUUCGCCUACGGAAUCAAGUUCCUGAACUUCCAAAGAAGAUAGACAGGACACCUUUCAUUUUGUUUAUGAUAGAAUUAUUGUAAUGGUUUUUCAUUAUCCGUUUAUUGUUUUGUCUUUGUCAUUGUGUAA